AUGUCAGGUCCACCACCAGGAUUUGGUCCGCAAACUACGGCCAUAUCCAAUCAGGAUCUAUCUAUUAAGAUUAAGAAGCAUCAUCAAUUCUCAAAGCGUCGCUGGGGACUUAAGAAACCUGGUGGCGCAGGUACUUCUGGCAGUGAGAAAGUUGAAUUGCCUCCAGAGCACUUGCGUAAAAUUAUUAAAGAUCACGGUGAUAUGUCACAUAUGCGUUAUAGAAACGAGAAGCGUAUUCACUUGGGUGCCCUCAAGUACGUUCCUCACGCUGUACUCAAACUUCUUGAAAAUAUCCCAAUGCCUUGGGAGCAAGUACGUGAAGUGCCUGUACUCUAUCACAUUACAGGCGCUAUCACUUUUGUUAAUCAAAUUCCACGUGUUAUUGAGCCUGUCUACCACGCUCAAUGGGCUUCCAUGUGGCUCGCUAUGCGUAGAGAAAAGCGUGACAGAAGACACUUUAAGCGUAUGAGAUUUCCUCCCUUCGAUGAUGAAGAACCUCCACUCGAUUACAGCGACAACAUUCUCGACGUUGAGCCUCUUGAAGCCAUUCAACUUCCUCUAGACGAAGAGGAGGAUGCUCCUAUUAUUGAUUGGUUCUACGAUCCAAAACCACUCGAAGACACGGUGCAUGUUAACGGUCCUUCCUACAAACAAUGGUCCCUCGAUUUGCCACAAAUGGCUAACCUUCACAGAAUUGGUAAAUCUAUACUCUCUGAAACGCAUGACCGUAAAAAUGCCAGUCACUUGUUCGAAGAUAAGGCUUUCUUCACCUCAAAAGCUCUCAACAUGGCCAUCCCAGGUGGUCCAAAAUUCGAGCCUUUGUUCAAGGAUGAUUUGGAUGAUGACGAGGAUUGGAAUGAGUUUAAUGAUAUUAACAAGGUUAUCAUCCGUCAGCCAAUUCGCACUGAAUACAAAAUCGCUUUCCCACACCUAUACAACUCUCGUCCAAGAGCUGUUCAAAUUGGUCCAUACCACUCCCCUCAAUCUCAAUACAUCCGCACAGAUGACCCUGAUAUGCCUGCUUUCUAUUUUGAUCCUUCCAUAAAUCCCAUCUCAUCAAGAGCUGUAGCUGGUGCAGCCAACACACCACAAAUCAGCCAUGAGGAUGAGAUAUUUGGCGAGGAUGAGGAAGAUGAAUUUGAAUUACCUCAAGAUAUGGGUGCAUUUUUGGAAGAUAAACCAGUACAUACUGAACGUACAUCUGACGCAAUCAGCCUUUGGUGGGCGCCUGCUCCAUAUAAUACUCGCUCAGGUACAAUGCGCAGAGCUCAGGAUAUACCGCUCAUCAAAGACUGGUACAUGGAACACUGCCCACCUGGUAUGCCAGUCAAGGUGAGAGUUUCCUACCAAAAACUCUUGAAAGUUUACGUCCUCAACAAACUCCAUCAACGUCCACCAAAGCCCCAAAUUAAGAAACGGUUAGUUCAAAGUCUCAAAAGUACAAAAUUCUUUCAGCAGACAACUAUUGAUUGGGUUGAAGCUGGUCUCCAGGUCGUUCGCCAAGGUUAUAACAUGCUCAAUUUGCUUAUUCACCGCAAAAACCUUAACUACCUCCACUUGGAUUACAACAUGAACUUGAAGCCUGUUAAAACGCUCACAACUAAGGAGCGUAAGAAGAGUAGAUUUGGUAACGCUUUCCACCUUUUGCGUGAAAUUCUUCGCUUAACAAAGUUGAUCGUCGAUGUGCACGUUCAAUUUAGGUUAGGAUUAUGUGAUGCGUUCCAGCUGGCCGAUGGUCUCCAAUAUUCUUUCGCACACGUCGGUCAACUCACCGGUAUGUAUAGAUACAAGUACAAGAUUAUGAGACAGAUCAGAAUGUGCAAGGAUCUCAAACAUCUAAUUUACUACCGCUUCAACACUGGCCCAGUAGGAAAAGGACCUGGUGUAGGUUUCUGGGCACCAGGUUGGCGUGUGUGGUUGUUUUUCUUGAGAGGUAUUGUUCCACUUCUCGAGAGGUGGCUCGGCAACUUGCUUGCUAGACAGUUCGAGGGUCGUAAUAGCAGGGGUGUAGCGAAGAAUGUCACCAAGCAGCGUGUCGAGUCGCAUUAUGAUCUUGAAUUGCGUGCUGCUGUUAUGCACGAUAUCCUUGAUAUGAUGCCUGAAUCUCUCAAACAGAACAAGGCAAAGACCAUCCUUCAGCAUCUUUCUGAAGCUUGGAGAUGCUGGAAGGCUAAUAUUCCUUGGAAAGUACCUGGUAUGCCUACCGCGAUUGAGAACAUUAUCCUCCGUUACGUUAAGAAUAAGGCUGAUUGGUGGACAUCCGUAGCUCACUAUAACCGCGAGCGUAUUCGUCGCGGUGCUACAGUUGACAAAGCCGUCGUUAAGAAGAAUCUCGGUCGUCUUACUAGACUCUACCUAAAGCAAGAGCAAGAGAGACAGCACGGUUACCUCAAAGAUGGUCCAUACAUCUCAUCUGAAGAAGCCGUUGCGCUGUACACCUCGACUGUCCACUGGCUCGAAAGCAGGAAAUUUUCUCCAAUUCCAUUCCCUCCAUUGUCGUACAAGCACGACACCAAGAUUCUCGUUCUCGCUUUGGAAAGACUUAAGGAAGCAUACUCUGUACAAGGUCGUCUCAAUCAAUCACAAAGAGAGGAAUUGGCACUGAUCGAACAAGCCUACGACAACCCACACGAGUGUCUGUCUAGAAUUAAGAGAUUGCUGCUGACUCAGCGUGCAUUUAAGGAAGCCGGUAUUGAGUUCUUCGAUACUUAUGACAAGCUCGUUCCUUGUUAUGAUAUUGAACCUGUCGAAAAGAUCACUGAUGCUUACCUCGAUCAAUUCCUCUUCUUCGAGGCUGACAAGAGGGGUCUUUUCCCUUCAUGGGUGAAACCAGCUGAUACUGAGCCACCUCCAUUACUCACCUACAAGUGGGCUCAAGGUAUCAAUAAUCUUUCUGACGUCUGGGAGACCAGUGAAGGUGAAUGCGUGGUUAUGAUGGAGACGCAGUUGAGCAGGGUCUACGAGAAAGUCGACUUGACUCUCCUCAACAGACUUCUUAGACUAAUCAUGGACCACAACUUGGCUGACUACAUUACUGCAAAAAACAACACUCCACUUACUUACAAAGAUAUGUCCCACGUUAACUCUUAUGGUCUGAUUAGAGGUCUUCAGUUCUCCGCAUUCGUCUUCCAAUUCUAUGGCUUAGUGCUUGAUCUACUCAUCCUUGGAUUAAAUAGAGCUUCCGAGAUGGCUGGACCUCCACAGUCGCCCAACAGCUUCCUUCAAUACAAGGACACAGCCACUGAGGUUGCGCACCCUGUCAGACUCUACUCUCGAUACGUCGACAAGAUCCACAUUCUCUUCAAGUUUGACGCAGAGCAAUCUAGAGAUCUCAUCCAGAGGUACCUGUCUGCCAAUCCAGAUCCAACUAACUCGAACAUUAUCGGCUACAACAACAAGAAGUGCUGGCCAAGAGACUGUCGUAUGCGUCUGAUUAAACACGACGUGAACCUUGGAAGAGCGGUGUUCUGGAAUGUGAAGAACUCCCUCCCAAGGUCUUUAACUACUAUUGAGUGGGAGGAUACGUUUGCGAGUGUGUACUCGAAGGACAAUCCACAGCUCCUCUUCUCUAUGCAUGGCUUCGAGCUGCGUAUCCUGCCCAAGAUCAGAGCGAUGAAUAGCGAGCAAUACAGACUCAAUGAUGGUGUAUGGAAUCUUACCAACGAAGCUACGAAGGAGCGUACAGCACAGGCUUAUUUGAGGGUAUCUGACGACGGCAUCAAUGCAUUUAACAAUCGUAUACGUCAAGUGCUUAUGAGUUCAGGAUCGACUACCUUCUCCAAGAUCAUCAACAAAUGGAACACGACCAUCAUCGGUUUGAUGACAUACUACCGUGAGGCUGUUCUGCAUACGAAUGAACUUCUCGACUCGCUCGUCAAGGCUGAGAACAAGGUACAGACCAGAGUCAAAAUUGGUCUCAAUUCAAAGAUGCCUUCACGUUUUCCACCUGUAGUGUUCUACUCGCCAAAGGAGCUUGGCGGUUUAGGUAUGCUUUCGAUGGGUCACGUCCUCAUUCCUCAGUCUGACCUUAGGUGGUCGAAGCAAACUGAUACGGGUAUUACACACUUCAGAUCUGGUAUGACGCAUGAAGAUGACCAGCUCAUUCCAAAUCUUUACAGAUAUAUCCAGCCAUGGGAAGCUGAGUUCGUCGAUUCUGCUAGGGUCUGGUCGGAGUAUGCUAUGAAGCGUAAAGAGGCAGUCAGUCAGAAUAGGAGAUUGACACUUGAAGAUCUCGAAGAUAGCUGGGAUAGAGGUAUACCGCGGAUCAACACUCUAUUCCAAAAGGAUAGACAUACCCUUGCGUACGAUAAGGGAUGGAGAGUGCGUACAGAUUGGAAGCAGUACCAGCUACUCAAGCACAAUCCAUUCUGGUGGACGUCGCAGCGCCACGAUGGUAAAUUAUGGCAGCUGAACAACUACCGUGUGGACGUUAUUGCUGCUCUUGGUGGUGUUGAAUCUAUUCUCGAGCACACAUUGUUCAAGGGAACUUACUUCCCAACCUGGGAAGGUCUCUUCUGGGAGAAAGCUAGUGGAUUCGAAGAAUCGAUGAAAUACAAAAAGCUCACAAAUGCUCAAAGAUCCGGUUUGAACCAAAUUCCAAACAGAAGAUUCACUCUGUGGUGGUCACCUACGAUUAAUCGCGCGAAUGUCUACGUUGGUUUCCAAGUCCAGCUUGAUCUCACUGGUAUUUUCAUGCACGGUAAAAUCCCAACACUCAAGAUCUCACUUAUUCAAAUCUUCCGUGCGCACUUGUGGCAGAAGAUUCACGAGUCUGUCGUCAUGGAUUUGUGUCAGGUCUUUGACCAGGAGUUGGAAGCACUUCAGAUCGAGACUGUCCAAAAAGAGACAAUCCAUCCACGUAAAUCUUACAAGAUGAACUCUUCAUGUGCUGACAUCCUUCUCUUCUCGGCUUACAAGUGGAAUAUUGCCAGACCUUCGCUGCUGAAUGACAGCAAGGAUGUUUUGGAUGGUACUACGUCGAACAAGUUCUGGGUUGAUGUUCAGCUCAGAUUUGGUGACUUUGACUCUCACGAUAUUGAGAGAUACACCAGAGCCAAGUUCUUGGAUUACACCAGCGACCCAUCUUCCAUGUACCCAUCUCCAACUGGUUGCAUGGUUGGUAUUGACUUGGCCUAUAACCUGUACACCUCGUACGGUAAUUGGUUCCCUGGUCUUAAGCCACUUAUGCAGCAAGCUAUGGCCAAGAUCAUGAAGGCUAACCCAGCUCUGUACGUCUUGAGAGAGCGUAUUAGAAAGUCGCUCCAGCUCUACUCCUCGGAGCCAACCGAGCCAUACCUCAACUCACAGAACUACUCGGAGCUGUUCUCCAACCAAACUAUCUGGUUCGUCGAUGAUACUAAUGUCUACCGUGUCACUAUACACAAGACAUUCGAAGGUAACCUCACCACUAAGCCAAUUAACGGUGCUAUCUUUAUCUUCAACCCAAGAACUGGUCAACUGUUCCUGAAAAUCAUUCACACAUCUGUCUGGGCUGGUCAGAAGCGUCUCGGUCAGCUUGCCAAGUGGAAGACGGCCGAAGAAGUUGCUGCUCUUAUUCGCUCACUUCCUGUUGAAGAGCAACCUAAGCAGAUUAUUGUUACUAGAAAGGGUAUGCUUGAUCCAUUGGAGGUUCACCUUCUCGAUUUCCCUAACAUUGUGAUUAAGGGCUCUGAACUGCAGCUACCAUUCCAAGCCUGCCUGAAGCUGGAGAAGUUUGGAGACCUUAUCUUGCGCGCUACUCAGCCCCAGAUGGUGCUGUUCUCACUCUACGACGACUGGCUGAAGGAGAUCUCGUCAUACACGGCUUUCUCCCGUCUCAUUUUGAUCCUGCGUGGAUUGCACGUCAACAAUGAAAAGGCAAAGAUUAUCCUGCGUCCAGACAAGAACACAAUCACCGAGCCUCACCACAUCUGGCCAUCGCUUUCAGCGGAAGACUGGAUCAAGGUGGAGUCACAGCUCAGAGAUCUUAUCGUCAACGACUUUGGUAAACGUAACUCUGUCAAUACUGCGUCUCUCACUCAGUCUGAAAUCCGUGAUAUCAUUCUUGGUAUGGAGAUCAGCGCACCUUCUAUCCAACGUCAACAGAUGGCCGAAGUCGAAAACUCGGCUGCUGACGCAAAUCAAAUCACAGCACUGCAAACCAAGACUACUAACGUUCAUGGUGAUGAGAUUAAUGUUGUCACAACUACGAACUACGAGAAUCAACAGUUUGCCAGCAAGUCUGAUUGGAGAGCUAGGGCUAUUUCUUCAACCAACUUGCCAUUAAGAGUGCAGCACGUUUUCGUCUCGAACGAUGACGUCAAGGACGAUAGCCAGGCGUACACUUAUGUCAUUCCAAAGAAUAUUCUCAGGCAAUUUAUUAUCAGCGGUGAUCUUCGCACGCAGGUGGCUGGUUUCUUGUACGGUGUCUCGCCACCCGACAAUCCACAGAUCAAAGAAAUCAAAGCGAUAGCAUGGGUGCCACAGCGCGGUUCAUUCAACAACGUUGAACUGCCUAGCAGCCUUCCUGAGCACGAGUACCUCCUCAAUGAUCUCGAGCCUCUUGGUUGGAUUAAGACACAAUCUCUUGAGCUCAACCACCUCAGUCCGCAAGAUGUCACAACGCAGGCACGAGUCAUGGCAAACAACCCCGCUUGGGGUCCAAGCUCUAUUUGUUUGGUCUGCUCGUUCACACCAGGCAGUGUUAGCUUGUCUGCAUACACGCUCACUGUGAAUGGCUUCGAAUGGGGUCGCAAGAACCAGGACUUAGGUGGACAGCCGGCUGGCUUCAGUCCUAACUUCUCAGAGCGCACACAGCUGCUCCUUUCUGACCGCAUUCUUGGUAUGACGCUUGUACCUGAGGGCGGCAUUUGGAAUUAUUCUCUUUCGCUCUCCCAGCAAUGGACACCGGCGAUGCCCUACCAAAUCUCGCUAGCUAGACCUACCUCGUUCUGGGCUGACGUUCACCGUCCGCUCCAGUUUGCUAAUUUCUCAGAACUGAGCAAUAACGCGGACGCGGAUGUCGAAAACAGCUUGGCUUAA